AUGUCAGACGCAUCAAACAACGAGCCCAAAGAGCAGGCUGAGAUCGAGCGUCAGACGCCUGACCGAUGUUUUGCGUUUGUCUCACAUACUUCUUUGUCUCUGAAAGACUCAAAAGUUUUGUGGCCUUCUAGUGGGUGUCGCGUCCACUCGAUUGGCAUGCACGAUGGGGAAUUGGUAGCUGUGACCCAUACUCUGGGCGCUGCAUUUGGAGGUAGAAAGGCUGAAGAAGUCCUUGGUAAAUUUUGCCAGAAGAUAUACCUUUUAUUUCGGACAGACACCAGAGCACUGGGUAUCGCGAGUGUCAUUGCAGAGCAGCUUUUCAAAAGUGUCGACGACAAGGGAUCAUUCAACCGAGAAACGAUGCCGUUAGGCAUCCAGGGUGUUCAAGAACUGAAUUGGACCACCCAGAAUGAAGAGCUGACCCCUCUUCGACAAGAGUAUCAAAGAAGGGCGAAAGAUAAAGGGAAACAAUUAACCCCUUUUUCCACAACGGAUUCGAAUGGAAACGAGCUGCUCUUUGCUGGGCCGCAUGGAGAAACCAUGAUUAUGAUCGACAAAUCAAUGCUGUCAGCAGGUAUUGUGAAAUACCGCCACCAUACCUUUGACAUGGGGUUCAGUCGGGCCACUUGCUCGUGGCAGCUGUUUGUCAAGAUCAACCAUCGAGAUUUCGUGCGUUCGUGGUUUCAGUCAAGUCUUUCCCCAGUUCAAGAUAUGGGUGUAGCUCUCUUAACAGCGAUGCGAAUCUUCUCGGAUGCUCGACAUUUGUUUAAUGAUCCAGGCAAGCGAACAGAGGCAGCCAUUCUUGUGGAAACCAUUAGGCGGGCAGAGUUUUACAUGAAUUCGACCGUCGUUGAUGAAGAAACUGCCGCAGCCUCUGAAACGCUCACCCCUACUGAUUUGGAUGUCUCGGCGAAAAGUGGCAGUGGACAUGAUAUUUCUGCCGGUCCAGAUUCUUCUUCACACCACGAUAACUCCAGUUCACGACCAGCCUCCUCUUCGUCUUCGCCAGCGUCUGAUUCUUCUUUCUCUUCAAGCACAAUUGGCGGUCCGUCGAUUCCUGAAACCACUGCGAACAUGACGCCAGUCUCCACAAAGAAGAGCAAGAAGAAGAAAUCGACUAGAAAGAAACCGCCCAAAAAGACAGCUGCCCAGAACCAGACGCCAGAAAAUCAGGGAAUCCAGACUUCAGGUGACGAGAGCCUUCGUGGGAUUGUGGAUCAGGUGGCGGAUAUUACACUCUCCGGACAAUCCACAACAUCAUCAUUAAUGUCUACUCCGCCUUUGCCCGCUGGCCAGCCUGACGCAGGCAAUCCCCUGAAGGGUACAAGCGCAGCUCAACCUUCGACGGAGACGAAGCAAGGAGGCAACAACGGCACACCUAGUAAGACUCGUACAGCCGAGGAGCGCGACCAAGAUCUUGAUGACGCUAUUUCUCGACAUUCAAGUGAUUCUGAACGGACAAUAACUCAAGCAGAUUUCUCAAAUGAAGACGUCACCGUCAGCUCUUCUAGCAAAGGUCAGCUUGACAACGAACAGGAAAGAGGACGUGGUGCUGUGGUUGCGAAUGACAAGGAGCAUACCAAGAGAAAGGAUGCCCAAAACUCCAAGGCAACUUCAGGAACUCACACCACCACUUCGACUGGAGGAGGUUUAAAUUCUUACAAGCAUACCCAGCCUGUUAUUCAAGAGGCUGCGGGCCCUUCUGCUAAAUUCAAAUUCGAUGGUUUUGAUCCGCGUUUGAGGUGCUUGAAACCGGACUGCCGAAACAUGACAAGCUGCUGGGAUUGCGCCGUGGUCAUCUGUCCUGCCUGUGGCACUGACAGCUUUACCCGCUACUGCAGAAAGCAGCACCUGUACGAUGACCUUCAGCGCCAUUGGGUUGCGGAAUGCCGAAGGAACAAGAUCAACGGACCAAUCGAUCGAGACACAAUUCGCGCCAAACAACUCCCCAAGCGACCCUAUGUUGUUGGCCAGUACCAUAAUAUUGUCGAGCGCCAUAGACAAGCGGUGUACCGCGCCAUGGAAGACGCCGACUACUUCAUCUUCAACGACGUGGAGAUGCUUGAUGACAGCGUCGUGCAGCCAACGCAAGAGCAGUGGAAUUCGGUGCGCGGAACUGGUGAGCCGGUAUUGCAAAUUGUCUUUCCCGACGACAUGACGCCGUAUUCCGACAGGCAGGUUUUCAACUACCAUAUCCAGCUUAUCUUGACGGUGGGCAAGCCGUUGGCCGAAGACAGCUGCUUGAAGGCACUGGAGAUGAUUCGUUCGGCACUGGUCAUGUCGGGCAGCUGGACCGAGGAGAUACUGACCUACCUAUGCAUGCAACUGACAGGUGAAUGGGGCAACUUCAAGGUGCCAGGGCGCUUUUACGAUGUCGCCGAGGUGAACGCAAUGUGGCAACGCCACCAUAUCCUGCUUCCGGCGUGA